AUGAAAUUUCAGACGAGAAUACACGAAAUCAAUGCUGGUAUUCAUCAAUCUAAUUUAGCGAAAACUUCAUUUGGUUUUGAUCUUUCUAAUAGAUCAUAUUUAUCCAAUAAAUAUAUCGAUGGAUCAUUUUCAGGUGUUAAUAAAAAUUCGAUAAUCGGUACGAAAUAUUCUGAUCCGGAAUUUUUACCCACACAUUCAAGUAUCACACAAGACAAAGAAGGAGCAUUGCUCGAUGAUUUUGAAUAUGGAGCACAUGAAAUACGAUGGCUACGUCCUGAACAAAUUCGAUGGUCUAAAGAAAGUCAACAAUAUCCAUUAUCUGUAUUCAAUCAACCACAAUCAAAAGAUAUUAUUCAAGGUCGUCUUGGUGAUUGUUGGUUUAUUUCUGCAUUAUCAUUAAUUGCUGAUAUACCACAAAUAUUAUAUAAAGUUAUGAUUACAAAACAAUAUAAUCCAUCUGGACUUUAUAAAAUUCGUUUAUGUAAUCGAGGAAUUUGGCAAGUUGUUACUAUUGAUGAUAUGUUACCUGUAUCGGAAUCAAAUUCACUUGUGUUCACACGAAGCCAGAAAAAACAAUUGUUUGCAUCAUUAAUUGAGAAAGCAUUAGCAAAAAUGCAUGGAAGUUAUAAGGCUCUAGAACUUGGAAGAUGUGUGGAAGGUUUACAAAUCUUAACAGGUGAACCAUGUGAAGUAUUUUUAUUACAUUCAACUGAUCCGAAAAAGAAACCAAAUCUUAAUAAUAUAUGGGCAAAAAUAAUUCAAUCACGAGCUAAAGGUUAUCCUAUGACAUGUUUAUGUUCGAAUAAACAAGUUAAUGAAGAAAUUUUUAAUCAAACGGGUCUGGAGUCAGAUCAUGCCUAUAGUAUUCUUGAUGCACGACAAGUUGCUUCUCAAAGACUUGUUCGUUUACGUAAUCCGUGGGGUAAAAAAGAACGGACUACUUUAUUUCCUAAAGAAAAACUUGCUAAACCAUCAGACAACGAUGGUGUUUUCUGGAUACCUUGGGAAGCAGUGUCAUUACUUUUUAGUGAAAUAACUAUUUGUAAAAUUAGUGGAAAUGAAUAUAAAGUUCGUAAAAGUGGUCAAUUUAGUGAUUUCUCAUCGAAAAUAACAUCAGUAUAUAAUCUACAUUGUCCAUCUGGAAAUGAACUUACUAUUGAAUUAUUUAAUGCUAGUGAUGAAAAAUAUUAUAAUCGUUCAAAAGAUUCUAACAUUGAUCUUUUUUUAAUUGUACUUGAUUCAAAUGGUACUUGUAAAGGAUAUAAACAUAGUCUUGAUUAUUAUGUAACAUUAUCAAUAACAGUACCACCUGACCGAUAUGUUAUAUUAGCUGGUUCAAUGUCAGUAGUUAAUUAUUCGAUAUAUUCAAGAUAUAAUUUGAUUGUACAUGGUGAUCAACCAUUUGUUCUUAAUGAACAACCAUCAUCCUAUGGAUUAGUUGCGAAUGCAUUUUAUGCAGUUGCUCUUCAAGCUAAUAAUCGAAAAGUUUUUGGUGAUGGUGUAUCGGUUUUAACAUUUAGUGAUGAUGGAUGUUUUGGUUUUAUUUGUGAAAAUAAAUCUAAUCGAGCAAUUCGUUUUACGAGUGAUUUUUAUGGAUCAAUCAAUGUUGUUCCUUCGAGAAAAACUUUUCAUACGGUUGAUAUAAUUCCAGCUAGAACAAAGCAACUUUUUGCGAUAUAUACACGAAAAGUGCUUUCUGACGAUGUCAACAUUGUAUAUCAAGUAGAAUAUCAGUCGUUGAGUGAAUCACAUGGUGUCGAUCAUAUUCGCACAAGAAAUAAUCCACCAAUACCUGUUAAAGCUCUCGGUCUUCAUCUAUUGAAACCUGUGCAUUGA